CUUAAAAAAAUCUGUUAAAAGGUUCGAGGUAACAAGAGAUAAUUGCCCUGUGGACCCAAAAUAUUGUUCGUGAUACCAAAAAGUUAGAAAUCGAGGAUAUUAUUACAAUUUGGUGCAUCAUCGGGCUGCACAAUUUUUGAAAAAAACAAUAUCAAUAAGCGUCAUAGUUUUGGAAAGACGUUGUUAUUCAAGGCUAUUGAAAUUCGAGCAUUACAAUGCGUAAAAGUUUUGAUGAAGAACACCUACAUCAAGAACAAUAUAAUUCGGGCUGCAUUUGGUUAUAUUAUGCAGAAGUACGGCGAUCAAGAAAUAGAGGUAAUAAAAAGUAUGUACGACCGUUUAAAAGAAAGGACACGCAAAGCAGAGACUUUAAAUUAUUUGCAUAAGCUAUGUUAUGCAAGAAAAGACAUCUCCGUGAUCAAAGUAGCUGAAAUGUUGCUAGAAAAUGAAGAUGUAAAUAGUCUAGAUUUAUAUGAAAGAACACCCCUCAUGCUUGCUGUGCUAACAAAAAAAAAGGAUUUGGUUGAAGUUUUGCUAAAAAAUAAAGCAGAUGUAACGCUUUUUGACGUUAAUUUUAAAAUGGCAAUUAAUUAUUGCACAGAAAAUACAAAGGAGUACAGAUUAAUUAGUGAUGCUUUAAUUAUGGCUAACGGACGACGAUUGGGUCUCGAUGUCUCAACAUUAACUCCGUUAGAGCCAUUUACUUAUUUCUAAUAUACUUCAUUGUAACUUAUGUAUUGAGUUAAAUAUAUCAUAUUUUGCUUUUUUA